AUGCCUUACGUUCAAGAUAGCUCGUCUCUUGGCGAGACCAACUCCAGCUCUGGGGACUUCCACGUUCUGGGCGGCUACUUCGUCGACGGCACACUGCAGGAAUUCGGCCCGUCCUUCUUUGGUAUCACGCCCAUCGAGGCCAUGUGGAUGGAUCCGCAGCAGAGAAAGCUUCUCGAGGUUGACUACGACUCAUUCGAGUCCGCCGGCGUGACUCUCGAGCUUUACAGCAGACUUCCAACAGAUGACGUUCAGGAACCUUCAUUCCGCCAUGCGUUAGCUGCAACAGGCGUCGACCCCGGCAUCAUCAGCAACCGUAUCAGCCACGCCUUUAACCUUAAGGGAACCUCAAUCGUGGUAAACAUAGCCUGCUCAUCAAGCGUCUACGCUGUGCAUAACGCCUGCAACGCGCUCCGGAACAAGGAGUGCCAGGCGGCUGUCUUCUGCGGCGUUAACCUCAUUCUCGCUGUCGACCAGCACAUGAACACGGGGUGCUGCGCCGUCUAUCUCAAGCGUCUGAGCGACGCCAUCCGGGACGGUGACCCCAUCCGGGACCGUGACCCCAUCCGUGCCGUCAUGCGCUCGAGCGCGACGAACAACAACGGCAAGGUCCCCGUCGUGGGCAUUACACACCCCAACCGCGACGCCCAGGUCGAGGUAAUCAGGCAUGCCUACCACAGCGCAGGAAAUCUCGACCCCCGUCUCACCGGCUUCUUCGAAUGCCACGGAACCGGUGCCGCCAUCGGCGACCCACUCGAGGUCCAUGCCGUGUUGCUCGCCAUGAACGACCAGCGCAGCGACGAGGAGCCGCUCCUCAUCGGCGCCGUAAAGACUAACAUCGGCCACAGCGGGGCCGCCUCCGGGCUUUCUGCCGUCAUCAAGGCGGUUCUCGUGGCCGAGCGCGGCGUGAUCCCCCCAACGCGGGGCAUCAUCAAGCCCAAUCCGAAGAUUCAAUGGUCGGACUGGAAGGUCGCCACGCACAACGAUGCCGUCGAGUUUCCCCGGGAGCUCCCGGUCCGCCGCGUCAGCUUGAAGAGCUUCGGAUACGGUGGCACCGGUGCCCACAUUAUCGUCGAGGGCGCGAACUCACUCCUCGCCCAGAAGCAGUCCUACAAGUACAUCGAUCCCACAGCGGCGGCCCUGUCCAGGGAGGGCAGGGUCAAGAUGCCCAGGGGCACCUUCGACCGCAACAGACCAUUUCUGCUCGCCUUUCCGGCCCACGACAAGGCCGCGCUCGAGAGACGCCUGGCCACCCACGCCCAGGUCUUUGGGAACUACGAGCUGCUGAACCUGUCCUACACGCUGGCGAACCGCCGGACCAGGUUCCUCAGCCGCGGCUACGCCGUCGUGAGCCCCGGCAGCCGAGCCGCCACCACCGUGACGGGCUUGUUCGAGGGUCUCGUCUGCGCCGACAACAAGAAGACGCCCACGAUUGCUUUCGUCUUCACCGGCCAACGCGCGCAGUGGCCGCGUAUGGGUGCCGAGUUGAUGGCGUACUACCCGAGCUUCCGCCGCACGAUCCAGGUAUUGGAUAUGACCCUCGGAGACCUGGACAACGCACCCGAGUGGACGAUCGAGGAGGCCUUGCUGGAACGGGGACCUUUCUCGCGUGUGCAGGAGGCCGAGUUCGCGCAGCCGCACACGACGGCGGUCCAAAUUGCCUUGAUGCAGCUCCUCCGCGUCUGCGGCAUACGCCCCGUCGUCAACGUCGGCCACUCGUCGGGAGAAAUCGCUGCGGCCUACGCGACCGGUUAUAUCUCGGCAUCCGAGGCCAUCAUCAUGGCCUACUGCCGCGGCCAAGUCGUCCGCGACAUCAACACCAACGGCGCCAUGAUGGCCGUCGGCAUCGGCGCCGAGGCCGUGGAGCCCUACCUCGCGCAGCUCAGCCCCAAGGGCAGCGUAUCCGUCGCAUGCCACAACUCGCCUUCCGGCGUCACUCUGUCCGGCGACGCUGCUGCCAUCGACGAGCUUCAAGAUCAGCUGACCAAGGAUAAGAUCUUUGCUUGGGUGGUAAAGACAGGCGGCAAGGCAUACCACUCGCCUCACAUGAUCCCGGCGUCGGAAGCGUACGAGCGACUGGUGCGAGCCUCCAAGACGUCGCUGCUGCCGCUUGACCUCCCCUUGCAGACGCGCGCCAGGAGGGUGUCGUCCGUUAAGUUGUAA